AUGCCUCGAGGUAGACCCUCGUCUAAGCUUACGAAGCAAGACCUUCCCUAUGACGCGAUCAGUAAAAUCGUAGCGCAUACCAUCGACCCCGAUACCGCGCUCGUAUCCCUCACUGUUCUCGCCAAAGGCUCCCGUCUAGACGUUUCCGAAUGGGAUGUCCAGGAGCAUCGACCGACUUUACUGUACGACUACUGGACCAGUUUCCGUGGCAAGACGCGCCAAGACGUUCUAGGAAUCGGAGAGCUUUACCACCCCUUCCGUCUGUUACGUCACCGUCGUGUUCGGGGGCAGUGGCAAGUACUGGUGCAAUGGCUUGGAUACACAAACGAAGGGGAGGAUGUCUCUUGGGAGCCAGUCGUGAAAAUGCGCGCCGAUGCGCCGGAUGUGUUGACAGACUACUGCGGCUACGUGAACGAUGAGAGUGUGAAUGCUGCCCUCCUUGGACCCAUGGCACGUGGAGAUGCAAAUGGCGAGGUAGAGGGCCUAUCAAACGAGACCAAGCCUCAAGUCGCAACUCCUGCGGCCGCACGACACUCGGCAAAGAGGAAGAGGGACAGUCUAGUCGAGCAGCCUGAAAUUCCCAGCGAGAAAUGGCGACGCUCAUCCAGACAUGAUUCAACACCAGCCACAAAGGUUCCCUUGCCCAGAUCCUCGACAUCGGCAUCCAAGCGCAGACAAUCGCAAGUCCCUCAAGACGUCUUCCAGUCGCAGACAAUUCCCAGAUCAACCGUUUCGACCCGAAAGCAAUCCAAGCUACCGACAGACGAUAUCAAGCAUGCCGGAGCGUCUCCCGCACCAUCACAACCCCUGGCCCGGCGAAAGAGCACGCGAGGAGCCUCCGUUGAGCCCGCAGCAUCUAUUGACGCUGAGCGCCUCAGCCCUGCGGACGUUCCCCGCACCAUGCUGUGGUUCAUGGACGACUUCACUGUGGGCGACAUGCAGAAGGUCUGCCGCUUCAUCGACGAGCACUGCACAGGUAAACUGCGUCUACCUCUGUACAGCGGUGGUGACUGGGACGGGAAGGCUGCUAGCGGUAGAUGGGAGGAUGUUUUCAUGGUAAGCCCGCUUGGGAGGCUGGGCAGGUAUGACAAUGAGUACGAGAAAGAGGAGUGA